AUGGCGGACACAACACCCGAGGAUGCCGCCGCUCAGCGUGCAGCAGAGCAAGCGCGCCUACGCAAGGCGAAGCGUGAGGCAAAAAUUCGCGCGGGCGGUACGGCCAGACUGAAUAAGAUCACCGGUCUCGGUGGAGGCUUCCAGAGAGAUGACCCAGUCCCAUCUCCAGCUCCGUCUUCGAGAACAGAAUCCCCUGUUCCCUCCGCCUCGCCAGCCGCCUCUCAGCCCAAGGCGGCGACCGCUGAGCAUGCAGACCCCGAGGAAAUCGAUAUCUCGCAACAUUACUACCAACCUGCCGCCACUCCCCGACCCUCAGGCCCUCCCAUCGACCCGAAUUCUAUGAGUGAAGAUCAACUGCGGCAGAUGAUGCUUGGGUUCGACCGACCCGGUCCUGGAGCCGGCGGUGCCCCACCGAUGAACCCUUUCGCGGCCGCAGGUGGCAUGCCAGGCGGCGAGGAGGACCCCAUGAUGAAGAUGCUUUCACAAAUGAUGGCUGGCGCCGGCGGUCCAGGUGGUGGAGGGUUCCCAGGCUUUCCUGGAGCUCAAGGUGCGGGUGCGGGAGGUUUCCCGGCAGGAUUCCCCGGCAUGCAGAUGCCCCAACAACAAGCAGACACCUCGUCGGCAUACCUCUGGCGCAUUCUCCACGCCAUCUUCGCAAUCUCUUUGGGUCUCUACAUUGCCUUCUCGACGACCUUCACUGGAAGCAAGAUGGAGCGCGAGCAUACAGCCUUGGCAUACAGCUACCCAGUCGGCAGCGAUGAGGCGGUCACCGACGUCAACACGAUGGAGAAGGGCCGCGAGGUUUUCUUCUGGAUGUUUGCGACGGCUGAGGCGGUGCUGCUUACCACGCGGUUCUUUGUUGAUCGGGGGCGUGCGCCGCCGAGCGGAUUGGUCUGGACUGUUGUCUCAUUCUUGCCAGGCAACAUCAAGACGUAUGUUGAGACUUUGCUGCGGUAUGGGCAAAUUUUUGUGACGGUCAGGAGCGAUAUCCUUGUUUGUGUGUUUGUGCUGGGAAUCUGCUCAUGGGUCCGUGGUUAA